CAAUCUUGGAUAUCCAACUCCCUUUGUGUUGCUGUGGAUGAAUGGUUUGCGAAUUGCGAGGUGUAUACCAACAUCCUCACCGACAAUGAUGUGACCACAUUUGUCCCACAAUGUUGCGGUCCAUCAAACCUCGAUUAUGCGUCCUCCCACUCUUCACCCACGCAUUCCCUCCCAACUCCCCGCAUUCCGAUCCUCAUCCCUCCCGCGAUGUUAUUCCAUAUCCCCAGCAAUAACCCCCCCCAUACUCCCGACCACCACCUCCGCCCUCCGCCACUCACGAUGCUACCACGACUACUUCGUCACCAACCUCCCCUCUUCCUCCAUGCACCCGGACGGCCGCAUCCCCCACCACAAACUCCCCCGUGACAAAUCGACCCCCCACGACAAGCACGAUGACCGCCACCCCCCCGCCGCCGCCCCCUCCAACAUCGGCGCCUCCCGCGAAAUGACUGUCGUGCGCAUCCCCCUGAAGAGCGCGAAGCACCACUUCGGCGCCGCCGUGUCGCGCGGCUCCCGACCAUACAACGAAGACGCCCAUCAAGAGGGCACGAUCGAGAUCCCCGCGUUCGCGAAGCGGCGGCCGAUUUCCCUGACGCGGAGCGCGAGGGCGGAGAUUGCGGGCCAGGGGACGAGUGCGGAUAGUGCGAGUGGGGAUCCGCAGGUGUUUUAUUUUGGGGUGUUUGAUGGGCAUGGCGGGGCGGAGUGUAGUAAGUUUUUGCAGGAGCGGUUGCACUUGUAUGUGGAGGAGGCGGGGAGGGAGUUUGGGUUGGAGAGUAGUUUGAAGAAGGGGCCGGCGAUUACGGGCAUCGGCGGGGAUUCCGGGAAAGGAGCGGGAUACGGGUCGGUGAAAGUGGAGGAAAUACAGGAGUCGAGAGAUGUAAAGGCAGGAGAUGAGACGGCUGCCGUGGAGCAGUCCGACGCCUUAGGCAAAGCCGAAGAGCUUGAGAAAGAACUCGUUAGUUCCUACAAACAGCUCGUUGGCGGUUACUACCGCCGCUUCAAACCCGAAUACUUCUCCAUCAACGCCGGCGGCAAAGGCUAUGUCCUCGAGGGCGAGACCGCUCGACAGCCCAUGGGAAAUUCCCGACCGGCCACCGCAGGCGAGGGCAUCGGAAUCGAAACGGUCCUCGAAUACGCCUUCUUAAAAGCCGACUACGACUUCAUCUCUGCGCAAGCCAACAAAGAAGACGCCGACUCCGUCCUCUCUGACCGCGCCCUCAACGAACACGACAUCAUCGACAAACCCUCCCGCACCUCCGAACCCAUCGGCGGCCCUAAAACCUUCCAAGGCGGCUCCACCAGCAGCAUCGCCCUCAUCUCCACCCCCAGCCCCACCCCCUUCUGGCACCCGUCCUCCCCCUCCACCCUCAUCACCUCCCACGUCGGCGACACCCGCAUCCUCCUCUGCGCCACCGCCACGGGCCUCCCCGUCCCCCUCACCUCCAACCACCACCCCUCCGACCCCGUCGAAGCCACCCGCCUCCGUCGCUACGCCGCCACCUUCGUCACCGACUCCUUCGGCGAGGAGCGCAUGAUCGGCCUCGCCAACACCCGCUCCUUCGGCGACAUGAAGGCAAAGCGCAUCGGCGUGUCGGCCGAGCCGGAGAUUCGCCGCGUCGAGCUCUCACCCGCGGAGUACUCGUUCCUCGUGCUCGUAAGCGACGGCGUGUCCGGUGUGAUGUCGGAUGAGGAGAUCGUGGACGUGGUGAAGGAGGCGAAGACGCCUGAACAGGGCGCGAAGGAUCUGGUGUCGUUUGCCGUGGAGGUGAGCGCGAGUGCGGAUAAUGCGACGGCGUUGGUGGUGAGAUUGGGAGGUUGGGAGAGGAGGAGUGAAGGGGGGUUGGGGAGUUUGGGGACGCAGGAGUUGAGGGAUUGGAGGAAGAUGGAGGCGCAGGAUCCGAGAGCGAGGAGGCAGUAGGGGAAAAAGCUGCGGGGUUAAUUAAUACUUGUGGUGGUUGCAUAUACGGUUGAAAAAGGGUCAGAAUGGCGUUUUCGGGCUUGCGAUGUGUUUGUUGGAUGAGGGCAUCCAAGCAUGGUUGUAGAAAUAAUUGAACUGGCAAGAUGUGCACAUAAAGUCCGGACAUCCCUCAUUAUUGCAAAACCGGCAUGGAUGAUACCGGCAGUUGUACACUUCUAAUUAGCAAUUCCAAUAAUCGUCCUCUCGAAUAAGUCUA